AUGAUUUACUAUAUCAAUUUAAUAUGUAGUAUUGGGGAUGAGGGAGCUUCUAGUAUGGGUAGAGCACUUAGUAACUGCAAAUUCCUAACUAAUCUCAACUUUUAGAUUUGUGAAAAUAAAAUCGGCGAUGAAGGAGCAUAAAAUAUAGGAUUAGGGUUGAGUAACUGCACUUAACUUACAAAUUUAGAAUUCGGCAUAUCUAACAAUUAAAUUGGGGAUGAUGGAGCUUCUAGUAUAGGUAGAGCACUUGGUAACUGUAAAUUCCUAACUAAUCUCAGCUUUUAGAUUUGGGAAAAUAAAAUCGGCGAUCAAGGAGCAUAAAAUAUUGGAUUAGGGUUGAGUAAUUGCACCUAACUUACAAAUUUAGUAUUUAACAUAUUUAACAAUUAAAUUGGGGAUGAUGGAGCUUCUAGUAUAGGUAGAGCACUUGGUAACUGUAAAUUCCUAACUAAUCUCAUCUUUUAGAUUUGUUACAAUUAAAUUGGGGAUGAUGGAGCUUCUAGUAUAGGUAGAGCACUUGGUAACUGUAAAUUCCUAACUAAUCUCAACUUUUAGAUUUGGAAAAAUAAAAUCGGAGAUGAUGGAGCAUAAAAUAUUGGACUAGGCUUGAGUAACUGCACUUAACUUACAAAUUUAGAAUUCGGCAUAUAUAACAAUUAAAUUGGGGAUGAUGGAGCUUCUAGUAUAGGUAGAGCACUUGGAAUAAUAAAAUCGGUGAUGAAGGAGUAUAAAAUAUAGCGUAAGAAUUGA